AUGAAGAAAACCAGAAACUGGAAAAAUGCGAACUCCUCGAAGAAAAAACAGCAGAAUACAACACUAUCAUCAGUUGCAGCACCAAUUCAGGCUCAGCCAUCAACAAACAGGCAAUUACCCCACCUCUCUGACCAAAGAAAAUCUUAUUAUUUCACUAGGGAUCUUAAUCCAGAAACAAAUAAUAUCAAAUUCUAUACCAAUUCACCAUCCACUACACGAGUUUGUGAAAAACAAAUUCCAGAACCAGCAAGAAAAUCAUCGAGGGGGAGAAGGAGCAUGAAGAGAAUCAGAAAUUCUAGUGUUCGGCCUUCUUCUAGUCUUGUUAACAACACGUCCAUUUCAGCGGGUUGCAGAUGUGGAGCCAAUGUCGAAUCCAUAUGGACUAAGCCGGAUUCCACACCAGAAGAGUACCCGAAUUCACCAAAUGGUAGUUCCUCCUCCGAGCAUGAAUCUCUCUUGCCUGACUAUGGUUCAGACAGGGAUACAUUUGAUGGCAAGCUUUCGUGGUCAACCUCGUGUCGAUGCAGAACUGAAACUGAUACCAUAAUUGACAUGGAAAAUCGAAAUCCAUUCAAUGCCAAAUCUGAUGCUACUAAUCAGAAACUUGAUGGUUUUGUUAAUCUUCCUCCAAUCAUCACCAGGCAAAGUAAAACAGGCUAUACGAAAAGGGAAAUGAAACUGACAGAGACCAAUAAUCCGACCAAGAUCAGAACCUCGGCCAAAUUUGAUGAAAAGAAUGCAUUAGAGUCCCUGUCUGUUAAGGUUGUCAAGGAGGACGUUCUAAGUACUUGUCCCAAACAACAUAAGACUCGUACUAAUCCUAUCAGGAGAUUUCCAGGGAAUUCACCAGGUUUGAAACUAAGGACUAAUUCUCCGAGGCUUGCAGCGAACUGGAGAAUUCAUGGACGGAAAAGUGCAUCAUCCAUUUCAAGUUCAUGCUCAAGAAGAAGUGUAUCAGAGAGUUUUGCAGUUAUGAAAUCAUCUCAGAAUCCACAGAGAGAUUUUAGGGAAUCAAUGGUGGAGAUGAUUGUGGAGAACAACAUCAGGGCUUCAAAAGAUUUGGAGGAACUUCUUGCCUGCUAUCUUUCACUCAAUUCUGAUGAAUAUCAUGAUCUGAUCAUCAAUGUUUUCAAGAAGAUUUGGUUUGAUAUUAUAGAUAUUUGA